AUGUUGAAUAAGUUCUUUAUUUUAUUAUACAUCGUUCUUCAACAAAAUGUUCUCAGUACAAGACUUGGCUGCCAUCGUUGUCAGGAUUUACGACGAUAUAGUUUCGUUAUAACAUCUGAUACACUGCCGACAAAUUUUCUCGACGGAUGCUCGUUUUACAUGAGUCAACAAAGUUGUACAAUUGAAAUUACGAUUGAUUUCGACAAAAAACAAACAACACUAAAUGUGUCUGCAUCGCAAGAAUAUGUUGAAACGUCCAUAAAUACGGUUGUUAGUAUCAACGAUAGAUUGAAGCUUACCAGACAGAUUUCAUUUUGGUGUUCCGAUCCUCGAGGUGGUUGUAAUGAUUAUAGUUACAUGAAACGUGUUCUACAAUCGAUGUCCAUCGAAGAUUCCUCGAAAGAACUUGAGCCAUUCUUGAUUCCAACAAACGAAACACUCAACAACACUUCGUGUUUAUCGUUUUCCAAUGACACUACUAUCAAAUACUCAGAUAAACGAACAGAAGACACCAAAGCAUGUUAUAUAUUCGGUAUCGUUAAUGCUAAUGCAACAUCAAAAAUCAGUGCAGGUCAUUCAUCGAUGGAUAAUUAUUAUUUGAAAUACGCGAAGACAUUUUCAACAGAGAGCUCUACCACUUCAUAUCUCAGUCUCGAUGAUCGGUCAUUGCUAUGUGCCCAACCUGAAUGUAAUUCGAUUGAGAAUUACAAUCGAAUUGGUGCUGUCAUAAAGAUUGAUUUCGAUCCAUCGAAGUUCUUUGAACCUACGACAACAACAGCGAUUGUACCGUCAACAACCCCGACAGGAAGUGGCUUUGCAAUGUGGAAUAACGACCUAAUCGUCUUUCUUGUUAUGUCAUUUAUCUAUACUGUUCUACUUUCUUGA